AUGAAUAAAAGUGGACAGAGUACAAAAUCUGGACCUAAUGAAAGUGCAACGAAGGACAAUAAUUCCGUAAAAACAAAAGGAAAAGUUCGCGGGAAGAAACGAAAACGCUCGAGUAGUGAAUCCAGCAGUGAACCGAGCAGUGAACACGAAGUUGUAUUACCAGAGAAUGCUGCGGAUGUGGACAGAAGUCUUCACGCAGUUGCCUUAAAAAAUAAUCUAGAUGAAACUAGUGUCAGGAAAAUUAUUAAGAAAGUAGUGACAAAUGAUCGAGUACUGGCACUGGUCAAGAUGCGUGAAGAAGAAGAUUCCGGUUCCGAGGAGCUACCAAAACUAACGAGAGCAAAAGUCAAGGAACUAAUGAAAGUGUCCCCUAAGACAACAACAACAUGGAACUUGGAGAAUCUGGAGCUGACUCCGAUCAAGCACAUUCCUGUGAAGACCAGGCCUGAAGUGAAGGCCCUCAUCGCCCAGGAGUUGCCGGAAGACGAAGAUGAUGAGGAAUAUGAACCCACCCAUGAUGAUGUCCCUAGCGAUGAUGAUCAAGGCUUGGAGUCAUGCAGUGACCUGGACUCCCAGCCGAGGACGCCAGCGACACCGCACAGCCAACAUGCUGCUAGUCCUAAAGUUGUCAAAGAUGGACCUUUUAAAGUACCGCAGGACAUCACAACACCUGCCCGUAGAAAACUGGACUUGGAAGAAGAAGCAACAAUAGCACUAAGAACUCGUUCUAAACUCAGUCUGUCUUCAACAUCCAUAGAGCAUAUAGAACGCAACUUCGUCCCACCCGACGAUAUCCCAAUGCCGGCAGUGGACGAUCUUUGGAAUCAGUUCUUAAACGAGUGCCUAAAUCCAGCAUCUACUUCCAAGAACGAAGACGAUGAUGAGACCGAUCCUGAGUAUAAUGUCGCCGCUGAUCCCGAUGCGCAAGAUGAAGAUGAGGAAGCCCUGGGACAGAGUAUAAUAAAGAUUUCAAAGAAGGAGCUGAACGAUCUGAUCACGGAGCUGUUUAAUGUGAUGCCGGAGCCCACUGCGGACGAGGUACUCAUGGCUGACAACCUCAGUAACGGUGUCUUCACUGACCAUAGUCAGGGAGCGAUGUCCGGCCGCUGGGAAGGCAAGCAAGAGCCACACUCAGACGAUGAUAGUACAAACAGACAGAAGCUAUCAGACAAGAUCACUUUUGAGAAGAAAAAGUACUGUAAAGUAUCCAUUGGAAAGAAAGAACCAAUGCAAAGCGAGACGGGAGACAAAGCCAAGCCAAAGAACGUAAAUAUAGCUCCUAAACCAACUGGUGAGAUGAUUCUGAACGCCAGUAUAGAGGAAGUGGAGAUACCAAUACUGUCUGCCAGCGCUCCACUACUGCUGAAGAAAAACCUCAAGACGGUACAGCGGACCGAGGUCAUACAGAUUCACAUCCAGCCCGGGGAGUGUGUGUUACCGGAGCAGGUCCAGCUCCUGCAGCAACAGUUACGUCAGCACGUGCAGCUGGCCGCCUCCAGCUUCCUACAGCUGUAUGUGCAUCCCAUACACUGGGGGUACGCCGCUAAAUAUAGGGAGUACCUAGAAACGUUUUCAAAGAUGGUGGAUUCGAAUCCGAAGUCUGUGGCGAACGUGUGCAACUUGAAGCCGGCGUUAGAUUUAGUGAACACGUGGCAGACCACCAUGUCCGAGAACACGCCUGAGAACAGGGAGAUGAUUGAAUUCAUUCAAAAGCAAUGCGAGAGAAGCCGCCAUCGUUGUCUAAACAAGAAGCUGUACGUGGGCGAGUUCCACGAGACGUUCCUGAAGGUAGUGUCGAACAGUCCGGUGUUCCUGUACCCGUACUUACUGCCUGCCAUGCCAUUCCGCGGGGAACACUCCUCCAAGCGGUUCUGUUAUCUCUAUUCGGAAGACGCAUUGAUAGCCCUGGGCCUGGAGCAGUUCCACUCGACGGUGAAGAGCUCCGUGGCGCGCCGCGCGGGGCGCGCGGGGCUGGCGGCCGCGCUGCGCCUGCUGGCGCGCCACCUGCUGCCGUGGCUGCCGCCCGCGCAGCUACUGGCGCACGUCAACUACGUGCGUCGCGCUCAGGACAAGGACAACCCCAUCUACCAAUACCUGACGACCGGAAUAGUUCGUCCAGUGCAGCACAAGUUGCUCCCGUUCAGUCCACAGAUGUCGCUGUACGAGCACCCUGAACAUGAGGUCCCACGUAUAUGGCUGCGAUAUCUCGCCAAGACUAGUAAGCGGUUCCGGAGUUAUUUGAUGAAACGAACGCAAACUACAGGAGUGCCUGCCGCGGGGGUCGAGAUCAACUUAGGACAUGUGCUAACCCCGCCCACUAAGGAACCACUACCAAUAGACUUCACGAACAAAAUAGUCACUAACUGCGCAGGAGAUAAUGCGACACUAGCGCCGCCACAGGAAAAAUACGACAUACAAAUAACGCAGAAAUCAGACGAACCAAAGUUAUAUAAUCAUUUAUACAAGUUCAUGGAAACUAAUACAGGUCCUUGCCUCGUUCUUAUACCUUCAACAACAAGCACAUACACGGUUAAUUCAAUUCAAUCAGUUGCUACUACAGCUGAAAUCAAUCCUAAUCCUACCACAGCACCUUCGAGAAGUAUACAAAGAAGGGAGGUUCCUGACCACUGCACUUGUUGCAUUAUGUUAAGAAAAAUCUGUAAACAAAGACAGACACACAUAACAGAAUACUUUGGCAAGAAAAUGCAGCCAAAAUGUGAUUGUAAGAAUAAGGAAUACCCUAAAGUAUCGAAUAAGUUGAAAUUGUUAGUGAAGGCUAUGAAGUAUACGCGUUUCCACGCUAUGCAGGUUCUUCAGUAUAAGUUACAAAGCUUGCUUCAAGCCAAAGAUAAGAAUAUACAACUGGAUUGUGAUAAUAGUUAUAAUGAUAUUGAUGAUGUUGUUGCCGCAACAAAAUUCCAAUUAAACUUGCUAAUACGGACUUCAGUGGCGCGCAACCCAAGCAUAAAGAGGAAGGUGUACAAGCUGAUAUAUAAGUUCAAUCUAAAUGAGAGUGACCCUGUAGAACUCGCCAUUAAUAUGGACAAAGUCUUAGGAAGCGAAUUACUUGACCUCUACAAAGAAUUCGUCGGGUUCCUGACACCCGAACAGGCUGAUAGAAUCAACGCCUUCAAGGAUUAUUUUAUUAGCAAUUGUUUGAUGAAGUUGGUUGAGAAGGUUGAGGAGCAAGUAGCAGAUUUGGAGACAAGACAUACGAUAUUGACGGAGAUAAACAAAGUGUUUGUAAAGAGCUUGUCGACUGCCUGCGAAAUAUGUACUGGGAUACUUGGCACACUGCACGGGCACCCAGACCUAGCGAGACAUGUGUACUCUCUGUUUCCACAUCGGAAUGACACGUCAGAUGAACCAACGUUACCAGCUCAGACAGAUCCCUCGCUUCCUGCAAACACAACGCCAGAGGAGACCAUGCGUGAAGACAGCAUGGUCGCGGAGAACAACACCACCAACUACGAGGCUGACCAGUCUAUGAGUGACCAAGACGACAAUUGCGACAACACAAGCGUUCCCGAAUUAAACAGCAACGUCAUUCGGCAUAUACCUAUUAAAAUUGAGAGCGAAGAAACAACACAGUAUGUAACACCAACAUCGGAGAAUCAGAAUGUAGCACUCGUGGUCACUGUCAGCAAAACUGAAGUACAGGACUUCAACGACAGUUCCAACUCUUCUAUAAGGCUCUCGUACGAUGAGGGAGGAGUGAAGAUUGAGAGGCCGGAAUGGAAAAGAGACGAAGACAAAUUAAUAUUAGAAAUAUUAAAGGAACAUCUGUCUCCAGAAGAAAGACAAGAUAAGACCAUUCUAGAAAUAUUUAAUGAGAAAGAUAUUGUCAACUUGAUCGCUGAGAGUUUGACAGACAAAACUAAGGAUGAAAUUACAACUCGGAUGCUGUAUCUGUUACAACUCUGCUGA